UCUCGCAAAUCUGAUACUAGAAGCGGCGUGUUGCACUGGGAGGAUCAUCUACGAAGCCUCAAUCUUGGCACUCAGCCUCAAUCGCAGUGGCUGUCUUAUUUAACGACCCUGUUCUCUGAGACGGCUCUUUUCUUCUACUGACGGCAUUGUCAUCGCUUUUCACCACUGCCGAAAAGUCAUUUGUCUACCAUGAGUCGUUUAGCCGGAUGGUUCCGCUCCAGCGGAAAAACCGAAAAUGGUUCAAACACAAGCCUCGCGGCCACUGAUAGCAUCGCAAAGGAGAAGGAAAAUUUGGUGGAGGCGAUGAAUUGGAUCGAGCUCAUCAUGAACGAUGACAUUGACGGCGCCUGGGACAAACUACAGACGGGCGACUCUUCGUUUCAUGAAAUGGGCUCCGCGGUGGCGUUUUUCAUGCGAUCUGUCCUGGGCUUUGAGAAACAGAUCAUGACCGAAGCCACGGCAAGAUUGAAUGACUGCGAGACCAGGGCUUGGUCAGAUCUCAAACGGGCGCAGAAGCAUGGUGCUGCUUAUAACAGCAGUAAGCUGUACCCGCCGGGAACCGAGUACGAACUGAUCAUCGCCGAGACGCAGCUGAUGGGCGCGGUUGUUGGCGUUCUGCACGAGAGUCUGGUAGAGGCCAUGAAGAGUUUCUACAAGCUGCGAAAGGCUUUCUUGACGCUUGACGCUAUUGUGGCGUCUGAGGAAAAGAUUUUUAAGAAGCCUACCCCAGGCUCAUCUCGCACGUCGCUUAGCCUGACGAGCGAUGAUUCCGGGACGGAAUCCAGUGGAACUACGCCUACGCCCAGUGGAAGCGACUCUGAUGCUUUCGUAGAUGCCAGGGAAACUCUGUCUGGACAGCAGACCCCAAGCGACCAGACUGAUGCAUCGUCGACAUCGGCGGCCUCAAAGCUGGAGAAGCUAACCAUCAGCAAGUUGGACGAUACAUCGAAGCUGAGCCUACGAUCCAGAGAUUCUGACUUGAGCUCAGAUAUCGAACUGGAUAAUCCCGUCGACAAGUUCAUUCACUCUGGGGCCAACAUGUGUUUUGGAGUUUUGUUGCUUAUCCUUAGUCUUAUCCCUCCCGCGUUCUCACGCAUUCUCUCCAUUGUUGGAUUUCACGGAGACCGCCGGCGAGCUGUUAAAAUGCUCUGGAAGUCCGCUGCGCACUCUAAUAUCAACGGCGCCGUGGCGGGUAUGAUGCUGUUAGUGUAUUACAACGGGCUGCUUGGAGCCGCGGACAUUCUACCGGAUCGCAAGGAUUAUGAUGACGAUGCCGAGGCUGUUGGGCCACCGAUCGAAAAAUGCGAGCAGCUCUUGGCUGAUAUGCGACGACGGUAUCCCGAUUCACAGCUGUGGCGGAUAGAGGAAUCGAGAAUGCUGGCAAACGAACGAAAGAUUACCGAGGCGUUGGAAUUGCUCAAAUCGGGCAAGGAGUCGAGAAUGAAGCAGGUUGCUGCUCUUAGCAACUUCGAGCUAUCACUGGACUCGAUGAUGUCUUACGAAUGGGUGCUGAUGCGCGAUUCAUUUUUGAAGUGCUUGGAAGUCAAUGACUGGAGUCCGUCACUCUACUACUACCUGGCUGGCUGCGCGUCUUUGGAGCUUUACCGAGACGCCUUUCACAGUAGCGACAAGGACGAGGCCAGACGGCAAAAGGCCAAAGCAGAAGAGUUCUUCCGCAAAGCUCCCACGGUGACGGGCAAGAAGCGACUGAUGGCGCGCCAGCUGCCUCUGGAGACAUUCUUACAGCGAAAGGUUCAGAAGUGGGAAGACCGGGCCAAAGCUCUAGGGGCUGAUUUGGCGGAUGUUGUUGGAUCGAGCCCUGCACUGGAGAUGUGCUACGUGUGGAAUGGACAGAAGCGCAUGGGCACGGUGCAGCUGGAGAAGGGUCUUGACUACCUCAAGUGGGAGAGAUGCACGACGAGCAAAGAAGUCGUAGCCAAGAUUCAGGAAGAGAAGGAUGAAAUGGCUGUCUGGGCAGUGAGCAUGGCAUCGCUGCUGAGAGGCGCGGGUAAGCUGGAUGAGGCGAGAAAGUUGCUUCAGGAGAAGGUUAUCGCCCAUGACCGAUCUGUCUUCAAGGGCGCAUCCAGAGACGACUAUGUCUUGCCAUCGGCGACUUACGAACUGGGCGCCAUAGCAUGGGCUGAGUGCUGUAAUCCUCCAGAGGGCGAAGCGAAGGAAAUUCUGGAGUACAGACGCAAGAAGAUGCUGGAAUGCGAGGAGCAGCUCAACAAAGUCAAGGUUUGGGAGGCGUACGUCUUGGAUACGAGAAUUGGCCUGAGGGCGCAGAGCGGAUUGGAAACUCUGGUUUGGUUCAAGAAGAAGAAUGGGUGGUGAAUGGAUUUAAAAGUAAAAUAUUUGGACAGGACUAUGUGGAUGGAUUUACACAAACCGGCAUAAAGGGACUACUAGACGAGGCGAGACUGCUUCGCCAAGAUUAUCUGGCAUUGAUCUUGGGGAUUAUAUAUAUAAACGGACGGCUAUCAUGGCGUUUGUGUCAGGGGGGUAGGCGUAUAGAUUUAUACAGAACGGGGAGAGACCCUCCAGGGGGGACAAGGAUAAAGGCUGCAUUGACAUUCGCAUAUAUGCAUG